GCACUGCUAACCUGGAAUCUUUCCUUCUAAACUUCACCAUCACCAACUUACUCUAUGCAGAAGACAUGGGGAACCCAGGUUCUGACAAAUUCAACUCUACAGAGAGGGACCUUCAGCUCCAGACCUAUGAAGAAGAGAUUUGCAGCUGGAGUGGAUUCCCUGUGUACCCAUCACAUUGUCCCUGCCAACCCUGUCUUGGACAGAGAGAAGGUUUACUGGGAGCUGAGCAGGGAGACACAUGGUAUCACCAGGCUGGGUCCCUAUGCCCUGGACAAGGACAGUCUUUACCUUGAUGGUUAUAAUGAACACAGAUUGGUCAAACCUACUGCCAGUAAUUAUUGUGCCAUCCAAUUCCACCAUCAGCCAUCUGUUGGUCCUAAGCCUUGUUCCCUUCCUGACCCCAGAGGUUCUGCAGUAACUACACUCAUCCCAGCAACAUCUGUCUCCCUCACCAUUUGCCAGCACCACAGCCCAUGGCCACAGCCUGGAGGCAUUCACCUCGAAUUUCACCAUCAAUAA